AACUUUGAUCUUCUCUCUUUUACUGAAAGUUUUUGUUUCGAAUCGAUUGAAGUUUUAUCUAUGAGUUUUGGAUCUGUAUUGUUAGCAAAGUUGGGAGGUUUUUGAGUAACGGAGCUUAUGGUUUGGUGUAACCAUUGUGGGAAGAUAGUUCCCGGAACACGUCCUUAUGAUGGUACAUUGGCAUGUGAUUUAUGUGGGAGGAUAUUGGAAAAUUUCAACUUUUCUAGUGAAGUUACCUUUGUUAAGAAUGCAGCUGGACAAUUCAUAAAUGUUGUUGGUAGGUCGGAUCCUCGUGCUUUCCAGCGAGCAGAGAAAGAGAGAAUGGGAAAAGAUUCUAGAGAAGAAAACGAGGGAGGAAUUGAGAAAAGUGAAGGAGAAACAGAUGGGGAUGAUAGACAUGCUGAAGAUUCGGAUGAAGUAGGCAAUCUUUUUGACAUCGGAGAUGUUGAGGUGAAGGGCUGUUUUCUCACAAAGCAUGAAAAGAUCUUGACGAAAAUCUCAUGGGAAUUAAUUAACAGAGACAAUCUUGAGAAGCAAGCAGCUAAGGAAGCAGCUCUGAAGACGGCUAGUGAAGCUUUAAAUGCGAGCAAUGCUAAUUGCUCAGAAUACGCAAGAAAUCUUGUCGAGACUUCUAAAGCAGAUGUGAAAAAUUCUAGAAAGGAACAGCGACAAAAAGGGGCUAUGGAAGCGAAGAACGCGCCUCCCUCAGCCACAGCCAUGGAAGCUGUUCACAGAACACUUGAGAAAAGGCCAUUUGAGAAAUCACCUAAGAGAUCGAAACCAAGACAGCCAUGGAGGAGAAGAUGGAAUUGAAGAGCAAUGAACAUGAGAAUGGUGACAAUGACGAAGAGAUGAGCGUAUAAUAUAGAUAAAUGUUGUGCAUAGAAAACAUAAUGCUGAGUUUUCCACCAAAGUCCAUUGUUCUGUGCCCCAUGUUAUAUACCUUCAUUAGUUAAGAGAUUAAUGUAGCCAGUCAUAUUGGUAGAAGUUACUUGCUUUUAGAAAACUUCUGAGUCAGAAAGUCUUGAGUCUUUACACUCUGUUGGGUACAAUGAGAUUAAUCAAGGCUACUAUGGUUU